GCAAGAGCCCGGCAGCGCGGGUGACGCGUUUUGCGCAUUUCCUGCAGCUCGCGCUCACUCACGGAUUCAGGAGAGAGGCGACGGGAAACAGGGGGCGCGCGCAAAGACCGAAAGGAGAAGGGGGAGAGAAAAAAACCAACGGGAGCGUAGCACCGUGAUGUAUUCGGGGUGCUCGUGAGCCCGAAAAAGACUGCAUUGGGAGGCAAAAAGGCAUUCCUUUCCGAGAGUACGCGCAAAUAUCGCGUUACCGUGAGGUCGAAGCAAGGAGAUUAUCCCACAGAGGAGCGAGCGAGCCGCGACGGGCUGGAAACGGAGCACCAAUCCCGGAUGGCUAGGCGCGGCUGCUCGCGCUCUCUCCCACCCUGACCCAGGAGAGGCACGCAAGGACCGUGGGGAGGCUCCGUGGCUUCAGAUGAACCCAAGCGGAGCCCGUUAACCCGCAUCGCCACUCACUGACGUUUAUAUCCCGGCCUGUUUCCGCCGAAACGGGAAUCUUGUCUGGCGCACGGGACCGACCAUAAACAAACAAGGCAGCUUCUCGGGUGGGAGAGUGUUCUGCAGCCGACCUCUGAAGGGUGUGAGUCUGCCUUAGUACAGCGUUUUUCAGCCCACUGGGGAUCCAUCAGCUGUACUGUUAGUGUGUGUGUCUGGUGUGUGUGUGUGUGUGUGUGUGUGUGUGAGUGUGAGUGUGUGUGUGUGUGUGUGUGAGUGUGUGUGUGUGUGGUGUGUGUGUGUGUGCAUAACACAGUGUUCUGAUAUGGCUGUACGACACUGAGAGUCCAAGGAGCCAGCGGCAUUAUGGGAUGUAGCAGGACUGUGCAGUGACCCCGCUCAUUGGAAGGAAACACUCUGUGUACAGGAGCAGGAACAGGCAGACUAGCCUAAACACACACACACACACACACAUUUACACACACACUUACACUAACACACACAUCCCAGCAGCCUGCAGCCAUGCCUGUGUUCAGUGGCCUGUUGAAGGUGCGAGUGUGUGAGGCGGUGGACUUGAAGCCCACCCCAUGGGCCCUGCGUCACGCUGUGGGGAAGAGCGGCUCCUUCUUGCUGGACCCUUACCUUGCUCUGAACCUGGACCAGACUCGGCUGGGCCAGACCGCCACCAGGACCAAGACCAACAGCCCCGCCUGGCACCAGGAGUUCUGCACAGAGGUCCGUGAAGGAAGGAGCCUGGAGCUGUCUGUUUUCCAUGAUGCGCCCAUCGGAUACGACGACUUUGUGGCCAACUGCACCAUCCAGCUGGAGGACCUGCUGCAGAACGGAACCAGGCACUAUGAAGACUGGAUUGACUUGGAGCCAGAGGGGAAGGUGUACGUGGUCAUUGAUUUGUCUGGAUCUUCCACUGAGGCCUCAGGAACCAAUGAGAAUGAGGAGCGAGUGUUUCGAGAGAGGAUCGGUCCUCGCCGGCGGCAGGGGGCGGUCCGAAGACGCGUCCAUCAAGUCAACGGACACAAGUUCAUGGCCACCUACCUGAGACAACCUACCUACUGCUCACAUUGCAGAGAUUUUAUCUGGGGCGUGCUCGGGAAGCAGGGAUACCAGUGUCAGGUGUGUACGUGUGUCGUCCACAAGCGCUGCCAUGAGCUCAUCAUCACCAAGUGUGCUGGGAUGAAGAAGCAGGAGGACACACCAGAGGAGGUGGGUUCACAGCGGUUCAGUGUUAACAUGCCCCAUAAGUUCAGUAUCCACAACUACAAGGUUCCCACCUUCUGUGACCACUGUGGCUCCCUGCUGUGGGGACUCAUGAGGCAGGGCCUGCAGUGCAAAGUGUGUAAGAUGAAUGUGCACAGGCGGUGUGAGACCAAUGUAGCUCCUAACUGUGGUGUGGACGCCCGAGGAAUCGCUAAGGUCCUGUCUGACCUGGGAGUCACACCUGACAAGAUCUCCAACACCGCACAGCGCAGGAGGAAGUUGACUCCAGGGCAGGACCCUCCCCAGUCUCCUCCUGAGCUCUCUCAGACUGAGGACAACAGCUUCAGCCAGCCAGCUGUCCCCACCUCCCCCUCGCAGCAGGACUUGGCACAGUUAGAUCGCCUGCAGGACACGCUGUCACUGGACCAGCAGGGACCCCAACACUCCUCCUCCUCUUCUUCCUCCAACUCCACCACCUCCUCUUCCUCCUCCUCCUCCUCGGGAGUCAGGGAGAACGGACAGAGCCAGAGGAGGAGCCUCAAGGACUUCAACUUUAUCAAAGUUCUCGGCAAAGGCAGCUUCGGCAAGGUGAUGCUGGCGGAGCUGAAGGGGACGGAGGAGGUUUAUGCCGUCAAAGUGCUGAAGAAGGACGUGAUCCUGCAGGACGACGACGUUGACUGCACCAUGACCGAGAAGCGCAUCCUGGCCCUCGCCCGCCGACACCCCUACCUCACCCAGCUCUACUGCUGCUUCCAGACACGAGACCGUUUGUUCUUUGUAAUGGAAUAUGUGAACGGAGGAGACCUGAUGUUCCAGAUUCAGAGAUCCAGGAAGUUUGAUGAGCCUCGCUCUCGUUUCUACGCUGCCGAAGUCACCUCAGCCCUCAUGUUCCUGCACCGUAACGGAGUCAUUUACAGGGAUCUGAAGCUGGAUAACAUCCUGUUGGAUGCAGAAGGCCACUGUAAGCUGGCCGACUUCGGCAUGUGCAAAGAAGGCAUCAUGAACGGAGUGACCACCACGACCUUCUGCGGCACGCCCGACUACAUCGCCCCCGAGAUCCUGCAGGAGCUGGAGUACGGAGCCUCUGUGGACUGGUGGGCCCUGGGGGUGCUGAUGUAUGAAAUGAUGGCCGGACAGCCUCCGUUCGAAGCUGAUAAUGAAGACGACUUGUUUGAGUCGAUUCUCCAUGACGACGUCCUCUACCCUGUCUGGCUCAGCAAAGAGGCUGUUUCUAUCCUUCGAGCAUUCAUGACCAAGAACCCGGCCAAGCGUCUGGGCUGCGUGGUGAGCCAGGGCUGUGAGGAGGCCAUCAAGACCCAUCCCUUCUUCAGAGAGAUCGACUGGGUCCUGCUGGAGCAGAGAAAAGUCAAACCACCCUUUAAACCCCGAAUUAAGACCAAGCGAGAUGUGAAUAACUUUGACCAGGACUUCACCAAGGAGGACCCCGUGUUGACGCCCACGGAUGAGGCCAUCAUCCGACAGAUCAACCAGGAGGAGUUCAAGGACUUCUCCUACUGCGCCCCUGAGGAGACGCAGACCUAACACACACACACACACACACACGCACACACACACACUCUGAUCCAACAACACUAAAUCUGCCACGCACGUACGCACACAUGCUGACACUCAUACACGUGUAGAACCAUAAGUCCCUUUACAAAACACACACACGCACACACACGCACACACACACUCCUUUACUUUGAAGCUAUUGGUUGUUGUUACUUUUGGAAUAUUCUUUACUUGCAUUGUGUUGUUCUUGUUGCCUGAGUUUAUUAUGACUAUGACUAUGAAUAUGAAUAUAAAUAUAAAUAUGAAUAUGAAUAUACACACCUGCACAUCGCUCUCACACUCUCACACACAUUCCCACGUGCACACUUUUAAUGCUGAUUAACACACAAAAAAAACACACACACACAUGACAAUCCCAAGUUUUACUCGCACAUGCAGCUCACUGCACAUGCUCUGACAACCAAAUACACACACACACACACAUACACACACUUACACUGCUUCUCUACCCGGCACCUGUACACAUGUGGACUGUGGGUGCCGGGUGCAGAGACCUGUAUAUAGCCUGUGUUGAGUGGCUGUAUUGUGUUGGUAUUGUCUGCUAGUAAAGGAGAGUCGUGGCGCAUGGACAAGCACCCUACCUGUGUUAUACUGUCCUUAUUGUGGACCAGUUAGGGCCAAAUACCCUUUGUGCAAUACCCUGACUAUCUAUAUAUUUUACGGUUUUUGUUUGUUCAUGUGUUAUUUUUGUCUUUUUUUUUUUUUUUUCUCCUCAAAAUGUGUUUUUUUUUGUUGUUGUUGGAUUGUUGUAUGAUUGAAAUCUGUUCUCUGUUUUGCUCUCAUCGUCCGACACAAGCACACUCACUCACUCACUCACUUUCUGUCACCUUUUUCUGUAUUCGUGCGUAUAAAGUGAAUGUCGAGCUUACAAGUUACAGGCUAUUGAACUAAUUAUGUGGAGCAGAGUGUUACAGGGCGGCCUGUGUAGCAGUGAAAAAGCCCGGUCUCCAGCUAUUUCAUCCAUCUGCUAGUUUCAGCCGUCGCAUCCGCGUCUGUCCUGCCGGUGUGAAUGUGCUGGCCCAUGGGCGUUUUUUUUUGGGUUUUUUUCGGGUCGUGAAUGUACAUUUCAGUGUGUGUGUGUGUGGGUGUGUGUGUGUGUGUGUGUGAAUGCAUGUUUUUUUGUGACUUUUUGUCUACAGCAUUUCUGUUUCUAUAGUUACCAUCAGUGUUUUCAGCCCCUCUUUUUCCUUCCCUUCUCAAAACACCGAGUCCCCUUUCCCUCCUCCACCAGCCGUCUCACUCACAGCCAAAACCACUUGCUUUUUCUGACUUGCUUUUUUCAAGAAUGGCUUUUCUUUCUUAUUGCUCUCUUUCUCUCUCUCUUUUUUAUUAUAAUUAUUAUUAUUGUAAAGUGUAUCUGGAGGAAACCUUUGUGUAUAAUACUAUAACUAUACUAUUAUAGGUCUGUUACAGCCGGGUGAAAAGAAAUGUGGAGAACCAGCAGCUGAAUUACCUCUCAUUUCAAACACACACGCACACACGCACACACACACACACACGCACACACACACACACACACACACACACAAAACAGCAUAUACAGACUCUCCUCUUUGCCUCCUCCCACUUCUCUCUCUCUCUCUCUCUCUCUCUCUCUCUCUGUAUUUCACACAUGCACACACAGAAGGACUGUUGUCGCAUGUACUGUACAGUGAAGGCGAGCUGGUUGCUCUGUGUGCAGUAGAGUCGGUGUGUAGUGAAGCUUUGUGCACCCAGGGGUAGGGCUGUUCCUGGUCACACUAUCUUACUCUGUGCCAAAAUGUAGUGCAACAGCCGGGCUAGUCCUGUCUGGUCUGAUUCCAAUAAAACACUGAGCUGUCUACAUCA